AUGUUUUCCCUUCAGCAUACCAUAUGGUUGUUGAGAGUUUUCCUGUUGGUGUUGGUAGUACUAGAAAAUGUUAAGGGGUCUUCGUCAUCAGCUUCCAAUUAUUUGAUUGGCCUUGGAAGUUAUGACAUAACAGGUCCUGCUGCUGAUGUUAAUAUGAUGGGUUAUGCAAAUGCUGAGCAGACUGCAUCUGGGAUUCACUUCAGGCUCAGAGCUCGUACAUUUAUUGUAGCAGAACAGCAGGGCAACCGUGUAGUUUUCGUGAACCUUGAUGCCUGCAUGGCCUCCCAAAUUGUCACAAUUAAACUUCUUGAGAGAUUGAAAGUGAGGUACAGAACCCUCCUGUCAUUUGAUGUUCUUGUUGAUGGAAUUGAGAAAAGCAUAAUCCAAGCUCAUGAAAACCUUCGUCCUGGGUCAAUUUUUGUGAACAAAGGAGAGCUCUUAGAUGCUGGUGUGAACCGUAGUCCAAGUGCUUAUCUCAGCAAUCCUGCAGAAGAGCGGAGCAAAUAUAAGUUUGAUGUUGAUAAAGAAAUGACUCUCAUAAAAUUUGAAGAUGAGGAGUGGGGCGCGGUUGGUAGCUUUAACUGGUUCGCAACUCAUGGAACUUCCAUGAGUCGUACAAACUCGUUGAUAAGUGGGGAUAACAAAGGAGCUGCCGCUAGAUUCAUGGAGGACUGGUUUGAACGGCAUGGUGUUGUGAGAGGCUUUGAUGGUCUAUCUUCCAAUAGAUCAGGUACUGGCAAAGUCCCCAGAAGAGUCUCAAGCCUAGUUCCUAAAGAUAAUGGAAAUGGAAAUGAGUUGAUGAAACUUGCCGCCUCCUUUCAGUCUUCUCAAGGACAAAUCGUGACAAGUCUUUCAAGUUUUGCAAGACGGGUUAGGAAUGCCUUAAGGAAAACUGAAAGGUCUCAAUUUGUAUCUGCAUUCUGUCAAUCAAAUUGUGGUGAUGUAAGCCCAAAUGUUCUUGGUGCAUUUUGCAUAGACACUGGACUUCCAUGUGAUUUCAAUCACAGUACCUGCAAUGGUAAAAAUGAAUUGUGCUAUGGCCGAGGACCGGGUUACCCUGAUGAAUUUGAGAGUACUCGCAUAAUAGGAGAAAGGCAAUUCAGAAAAGCUGUUGAACUGUUUGACAAAGCAACUGUGAAGCUGAAAGGGAAGGUUGGAUCCCAACAUGCAUACAUAGAUUUUUCAAGCCUUGAGGUCUCACUUCCUAAAGUUGGAGGGGCUAAUGAGGUGGUGAAAACUUGCCCGGCUGCCAUGGGGUUUGCCUUUGCCGCAGGAACCACUGAUGGGCCAGGAGCUUUUGAUUUCAAGCAGGGAGAUGACAAGGGAAAUGCCUUCUGGAGAUUGGUAAGGGACUUUCUGAAAGCACCGGACCAAGAGCAGGUCAAUUGCCAGCAUCCAAAGCCUAUUCUACUUGAUACUGGGGAAAUGAAGGAACCAUAUGACUGGGCACCAUCAAUACUACCAGUUCAAAUUUUGCGAAUUGGCCAACUUGUCAUUCUCUCUGUACCUGGAGAAUUUACAACUAUGGCUGGAAGGCGUCUCCGUGAUGCUGUUAAGAGGGUCCUUACCUCUGGAGGUAGGAAAGAAUUUGACAACAAUGUCCAUGUAGUCAUUGCCGGGCUAACAAAUACAUAUUCACAGUAUGUUACCACCUUUGAAGAGUACAAAGUGCAGAGAUACGAGGGAGCGUCCACUCUUUAUGGACCGCACACACUUGAAGCUUACAUUCAAGACUUCAAGAGGGGUGACAUAGUUACAGCCACCUUCUGGUCUGCUUGCCCAAGGAAUGACCUCCUGACUGAAGGCACAUUUGCACUGGUUGAGAUUCUGCAGGACCAGAAGACAUGGGUUCCGGCCUAUGAUGAUGAUGAUUUUUGCUUGAAGUUUAAGUGGUCAAGGCCUGAGAAACUCAGUCCUCAGAGUCAUGCAACUAUAGAAUGGAGGAUCCCAAAAACUGCCGUUUCAGGUGUGUACAGGAUAAGCCAUUUUGGUGCAUCAAAGGCGCUUUUUGGGUCGAUUCGCCAUUUCACAGGUUCCUCUAGUGCUUUUGUAGUGGCAUAG